AUGAAGUGCAGAGAUGAUGAAUGGCCUAAUGAGAAGAAGGAUCGGUGUAUUCCAAAACUGCUGGAAUUUCUCUCCUACGGGGAUUAUAUUGCUAUAUUUUUUAUCUCCAUUUCUAUUUCACUCUGUAUUGUGACUCUCUUCAUAAUGGGGAUUUUUAUAUCCUAUCUGAACACUCCCAUUGUCAAAGCCAAUAACAGAAACCUGAGUUUUGUUCUCCUUGUCUCCAUCUUCUUGAGUUUCCUCUGUGUGUUCUUAUUUCUUGGUCAGCCACUGGAUAUAACCUGUAUACUCCGUGUCAUGACAUUUGGAGUCAUCUUCUCCAUAGCCGUCUCCUCUCUUCUCGCUAAGACAAUCAUGGUUUACAUUGCUUUCAAAGCCACCAAACCUGGCAGCUACUGGAGGAAAUGGAUCGGGGUGAAACUGGCCAAUUCCAUAGUCGCUGUGUGCUCGUCUGUUCAAGUGAUAAUAUGUCUUGUUUGGUUGUCUGUAUCUCACCCUUAUAAAGAAAUAGACACUCAGUCUUAUCAGGACAAGAUUGUCAUUCAGUGUAAUGAAGGGUCAGUUAUCGGGUUCUACUCUGUGUUGGGUUAUAUGGGGUUUCUGGCAGCUGUGAGUUUUCUUCUGGCUUUCAUGGUGAGGACAUUACCGGACAGUUUUAAUGAGGCCAAGUACAUCACCUUCAGCAUGCUGGUGUUCUGCAGUGUCUGGAUUGCCAUGAUCCCGGCUUAUCUGAGCACCAAAGGGAAAUAUAUGGUGGCUGUGAGGUAUUCGCCAUAUUAG